UUCCAACCAUUUUAUAUGCAACAGAAUGAGUGUUUUUCAUCGUCAUAAACCUUUGAUGUCGGGUACAUCUCCAACCUGCAGACAAACAAAUGAGCUUCCUAAAGUCUGCCAGUCACCUCCUCUUUCUCUGUCUUCUCCUGUGAUAAAGAAGAAAGCUAUCCUACUCCCAUCGUUUGAUGAAAAGGGCAACACUAAACUCUCAGCAGUUAACAGCAGAUCUAACGAUGUAAUUUCCUCCAAAGCCUCAUGUCAGCUUAUACGAGGUAAAGAAUGUCUGAAUUCACAGAGAAACUACGGGGAGAGAGCUUCAACACUUCCAAGGACAAAGUCCUCAACACACAACUCUCUGACAAUUUCUGCUGAACCCAACAUCUGCAUUUCCCCUGCUCUACAGCCAAAUUCCUCUCCCACACUCCGCACUUUGAAACCAAGACCAAGGGAUUCUCUUCUUCCCCCCUCCUCGGUGUUGGGUGAUUUUCACCCGAUACUACAACAGUCAGACCAAAAGCCAAGAGUGUCUCCGACUCUGACAGUCCCAACACCCAGACGGACCCCAUCACCCUCAUCGGCUACCGAUAGCCAACAAGAGAGACAGCCUUCUCCUGUUGCUCAGGAGAGACAUGCUCGAUCUAUUUCCAUAUCUAACAUGGCAGUGGAGCCAGCCAACAAGAUCAAGCAUGAUAUUCUUGACCAAGGAGCGUUGCUGGAGUUUACUCAUCCUGGGCAUAGAAGAGUCUGCAGAGAGACUCGACAGACUGACUCUUGCAGGCUUCCAGCAUUAUGUCACAAUUACUGCAAAGUUCAAAGUAAAGUUGGAUUGAAGAAAACAGAAAUUACAGCAACAGAAAAACCAAAGACUCCAAACAGGAAUUCAAAUAUUGCUACCAUGUUGAAACCAAAACCAAUAGCAGAACAGCAAAAGCAAUGUGAACCAAAGGAAGCGAUGAGGCAUUUUGAUGUUUCUCCAAGAGAGCUUGAUGCCUCUUCUAUGAAGUCAAGACUUCGAAGCAGGUUAACAGACUACAACCUCAGGAGCAAUUACACUCACACUUCUGAAUGUACCACCUUUGAUCAAUCAUUUGAGAAAACAGAUUGCAGUAAAAGAACAAAGCUGACCAAACCGUCCCUUUCUUCAGAUUCUCAGAUAAGUUUUAAUUCAGACAAAAGUGAAACAAGAAGUAGACAAUUUAAUUUGGACACUGAAACAAGAGUAAAGCCAGAAGCUUUAUCUCUAAACAGCAAGUCCUCUCAGAAUCAAAGGUCUGCACCAGACCAGGCCCUGAGGCAGUCCACCCAGACGGAUGUAAGGACCGUGGUAAGCCGAUCUGAGCGUGCAUCAGAGGAUUUCAGCUGCCAGUCAGACUUUAGUCAGAUACCACUUAUGUCUGGUAGUGCACAGAGAUUAAAUCAAGUUAAGACACAUAUAGAGGCAUCUCAGAGCCUGGGGAUCUUCCAGUCAGCAUCAUAUGAACCUCUUUAUUCCCAGGAUGGAACCUUUUCAAAUCCUGACCUCCAGCCUAAACAUCCCUGGAAUCAGGAGAUGACUAAGCAACAUGAAAACCACAGAGACAUGAACUUCAGUCACACAGUUCUGAAACAAUCAGGUGUUUGCAAAACACCUGACCACAACGUGGGUCCAGAAUACCCCUGGGCCCCAUCCAUGGCAGGAUGCCCAUUCAACAGAAACAGAUCUGGUCACAGCUGCAAGAGAGUCUCUGAGUGGCCACAGCAGAUUGUUUACCAGCCUUCUGCAGAGAUACAAGGUUGUCAACAAAAACACCAACCAAACUACUCUGGCCCAGACAGAGCAUUUAUCACAGAGGAUUCGGAAGACCCGUAUUAUGUCACCAUGUACUAUCCAGACUCAGUGUAUGUAGACAUGUCAGACAUAGUUCCACCAGAGGUUAGACCCAAGCCUGCUGUCCCUGCUAAGCCCCCAAAUGUGGGCACUCCUUCCCCUUCUAGUCCCUUCCCACCCCAGGGCCCAGUUGUGGGAGCCGGUGGCAUCGUUGCGCCCCCUCCAAGCGCUAUUCCGGUUCCCAUUGGAAGUCACGGUCCUAGCCACCCUGUCGGUCACAACGUGGGUCACAGUGUGGGCCACAAUGUGGGCCACAGUGUGGGCCACAGCAGUGGUCAUACUGGGGGUCAUGCUCCAGCUCACAGUGCGGGUCAUGGUCAUGGAGGCUCCCACAGCUCCGGAGGGGGCUCCACCCUGCUUGGCUACAUUGGUAUUGACACCAUCAUUGAGCAGAUGAGAAAGAAGACUAUGAAGACUGGCUUUGACUUCAACAUCAUGGUUGUUGGUCCCAGCGGCCUUGGAAAGUCAACUCUGGUGAACACCUUGUUCAAGUCCCAGGUGAGCAGGAAGAGUGCAGGAUGGUCACGUGACGAAAAGAUCCCCAAAACUGUAGAGAUCAAGUCAGUGUCUCAUGUGAUUGAAGAGGGUGGAGUUAAGAUGAAGCUGACGGUUGUUGACACUCCCGGCUUUGGAGAUCAAAUAAACAAUGACAACUGCUGGGAACCCAUUUCUAAGUACAUCAAUGAGCAGUUUGAGAAGUUCUUGAAAGAAGAGGUGAACAUCACUAGAAAGAAGCGAAUUCCCGACACCAGAGUGCACUGCUGCCUCUACUUUAUUCCCCCAACUGGACACUCUCUUCGACAACUGGAUGUCGAGUUCAUGAAGCGCCUGAGUCACUCUGUGAACAUCAUUCCAGUGAUCGCAAAGUCUGACACAAUGACUGUCGAGGAGAGACAAGAGUUCAAACAGCGCGUUAGGAAGGAGCUAGAAAUGAACGGGAUUGAGUUUUACCCACAGAAAGAGUUUGAUGAUGACAUAGAGGACAAGAGUGACAAUGACAAGAUCAGGGAAAUGAUGCCCUUUGCUGUGGUGGGAAGUGAUAAAGAAUACCAAGUGAACGGGAAGCGAGUCCUGGGGAGGAAGACGGCGUGGGGAAUCAUAGAAGUUGAAAAUCCAAACCAUUGUGAGUUUGCUCAGCUGAGAGAUUUCCUGAUCAGGUCCCACCUCCAGGAUUUGAAGGAGGUCACUCACAACAUUCACUAUGAGACGUACCGUGCCAAGAGAUUGAACGACAACGGAGGUCUGCACCCCAUCACUUCAAAUGACACCCAGGAAAGCAACCUGUAGUCAGGCAGUGAAAGAAUCGAUCAAGAUGAAAACAGUGCAAUGAAGCUCAUAUAGGAGUCUAUAAGAAAAUUUAUGAUUUUCACCCCCAGCUUUGCUGCAUGAGUGAAAUAACUUACCAGUCUGUAAAACUUGGUGUCAACUCUGUUUGCCUCCCUCUCCAUGUUUAACCAUCCAACAUAUGCACAUCUUUUCCCCUAAGGGACACCAUCUGAUGAGGUUUUAAUGGAAAAUCGGUGAUAUGCCUCAGCCAAGAUAAAACAUGAUUACAUUACAUCUCUGGCUUGUGCACUGCAGCUGGCUUUAGGAGAUGCUUGCUGCAGUUCUCCCCUCUCUUCCAUGGGGUAUUUGCAGAUGUCUGUUUACAAAUGAAUUACAAUAACUCCUAAAUAGAGUCAGCAAUUCACAUUCUGUCAACAUGUAAUAACAAACAUAUCAAGCUCAGACUACCACUCUGAAGCCUUUUUUUCUGAAUAGUUAGAUACAGCAUUUACACAAACUAAUGUGAUCUCCAGCCGAAUUUAUUUUCUCCAGCACAUUCAUGACCUUUACUUUACAUCCAUUCCUCAUUUAAGUUUUUACACAAUAACAUGAGUGAUUACAGCUGAAAUUGGCUCAUUUUGAGGAGGUUUGUAGUUUAUUUUUUGUCACUUUUCUUUAAUGUUGUGUUCAAUGACAGCAACAAAAAUGUAGAAUUUUGAGUUUAUGUGUAUUAUAAGAGAAUAAUGAGUCUGAUUUUCAAGUCUGGGUGUCAAACACUAUACUGUCAAUACUUUCUGACUUUAAAUGUAAGUUCUGAUUAUAAUGUAACGUUAUGUAGUACAACAGAGGCAGCAGGAUAUGAAGUCAAACUGUGGCUGGCAUGCGGAUAGGAAGCAGAGAUGCAGCAGUUAAUCAGCCAGAGAUCCGAAGCGGAUAAUUUUCCUCAUUGAUCGGCUUUGAUCAGUGAUCAACUGGUGAAAUUUUCUUUAUUAUGUAAUAAAUGCAUCCAAGCUAAGAACUCCCACCAUACAUAAAGAAAUUUGAUGCUCUUUAAUCAGGUUUUGAUGGUUAUAAUUUUUGCAGGUUCUUUUUUGAUUGAUUCAAAGUUAAGAUGACAUUUCGUCUGCUUCGAAAAGGAUUAUUUCUAUCAGGAAACUUGCACUGAUUUAGAUUUUUUGAAUGGAUGAAAAAAAAUCACCAUAAUAUUGUGCGUUUUUUUCCAUUGCUUUUCUAUUUUUUGGCUGCAAAGACCGAAAUAUAGGAUGUUGAGCAUUAGAAGUUGAAAUAUUAAAAUUUUUUUUAGUUUUAUGCUUUAACUACAUAAAACCAAUAACAGUGAGACAUAGUGCCAUUAUAAAUGAACUUUUAUCUGUUUUUAUUACUGGUCUCACUUGUUAAAAACUUAGAAAGUGCCACAUUAAGAAGUGUACAAUUAACUAAUAGAGAUUCUAGUUUUGAAUCUGAAUUUCUGUGCAGCAGGAAGCAACAAGUCAGCUCUGCUAAAGAUUAAAAUUCUCUGCAGCUGCUGCUUGAAUACACAAAGAAUCCCUGUGGCUUUGUUGUCAGAAGGUCCUAACAAACCUAACAAGCUGCGCUGUCUUCUUCAAUUACCAACUCCAGUAAAGAAAAUUUUCUGUAAUAUUCCCUCGCCCGGCUCAAUUCGAAUCUUUUUAAAUGGGAUACAGCAGCGGUUUUAUCCACUUUAUACUACAGUAGACAAGGACUUAGGUUUAAAUAGGAAAGAUCCAACUGAACACUUGCAUGGGCUUAGUGUGCUCCUGCAGUGACACCUUGAGUAUGUUUAACUAGAUGAUUAUAGAUUCAGAUGAAUUUUUAGUAAUUGUGAAUAUUUUUACACUUAAACAGAUGACAGGCUUUUAGAUUAAUUAGAUUAAUUGCAGUGUAUAUUCAAAUAUUGGAAAGACACUAAUUUCUGCACUAAGGUUUUCUUUCUUUUUAAUCACACGCUCUGACUUUACAAGAAAACAUUUUCCAGUUUUGUCACCAGUGAAUUAUCUUUGCAUGGCAGAAAUCUGGGCAAGAUUUUUAAGAUAUCUGCAAAAUAAACUGGUAUGUGGUCUGUUUACUAAGAGUGUGAGAACAGAGCUAAAAUACGUGUACUGCCAGUUUCAAAUUAAAUUUCACAUGAUCACCACUUGGUGGCAGCACUCCGCAACAUUAAGACAGGAUCAAAAAAGACCUCAGUUGCUCUGACUUUUUUUUUCCUGAAAAGGUUUACAGAGUUUGACAACAAAUCUAGUCGUAUCAGGUUUAUGAAAAACUUUCAUGUUAAACACUCCAAUUACGUGCACUGAAUUAAGCGAGCUGUAAACGUGUUUACUGGGUUUUCUUCAGGACUUAAGCAUUUAUAAAUGUUCAGCCAUGUACAGUAUGCUGUGGAGAAGAAAUAUGCCAAAACGAAAUGAUGUAAUCCUUCAGUAAAUCAUUCAUUAUUAAUAUAAACAGUCACUCAUGUGGGUAUGAUGUUUGGCAAAAUGGUCAUAGUUGUGAUUUUAGUGCAAUCCAAGGUCUAAAAGCAGAGAUGUGUGGUAUUGUGUUUGUGCAUGCUUGUGUCUGUACUGCCAGUCAGUUCUCACGUCACUAUGAUUAACUGAAUAUUUCUGGAUGUGUGGUUUGUGCAUUGAACUGGUGUGUCAUGGGGUUGCCCUCUGAACUCCUGUUACUUCUUUCAGUCAGUAUAACUUCAACAUGAUCACGUAAUUAUUGACAACUUUUUGCAAAGUUGGCAUGACAUAUUUAUAACAUCAUUUCCAGUGUUAUUUGCCAUUAUUUAUACAUUAGUGUCUUAUCAUUGUAAUUUAUUCUUUUAUUUAAUAAAUUCACUUCCUCAUGUUUUUAA